GUUUCAUGUCUCAGUCUUGUUUAGAUAUUUGUUGAAGGUGGUAGUGUGAGGUGGGAGAUAAGGCGAUGCAGAACAAAGCAUAGACUGCAAAAAUGGCUUACAAUAUCUGCUCUUCUCCUUCUUCUCUCUUCCACGAUUUUCCCUCCAUCUCUUCUUCUUCUUCUCCCUCAUCCUCCUCCUCUUCUUCUUCCUCUUCUCGCAAAUUCAAACUUCGAAACUUGUCUUCCUCUUCUUUUCAACCAUUUCAUUCUCAUUCUGCGACCCUGCAUUCAAAAACCCUUCUCCAUGCUCCACAGGUGUCCUUGCACGAACCCAUUUCCGAACAGAUACCAUCGGAAGGGAAUUCGGAGGGAAAUUCCACGUCUUCCUAUAAAAGUAGUCGUAUUUGGGUGAAUCCCCGAAGCCCGAGGGCGAAACAACUUGAGAGGAAAUCCUACGAUGCCAGGUAUAAUUCUCUUGUCAAUGUCGCCAACUCCUUGGACUCUUGCAAUCCCUCUCAAGAGGACGUGUCUCUGGUUUUGAAGAAUUUGGGGGGUAGGGUUUUAGAGCAAGAUGCUGUAACUGUCAUCAACAACAUGUCAAAUUCCCUUGUCGUGCCCUUUGUUCUCAGCUACUUUCAGCGUAGGAUUAGACCCACCAGAGAGGCCAUUCUCUACAACGUCACUCUCAAGGUGUUUCGGAAGAACAGAGAUAUGGAUGCCAUCGAGAAGAUGUUUGAUGAAAUGCUUCAGCGAGGGGUCAGGCCUGAUAAUGUCACCUUCUCGACCAUUAUUAGCUGCGCUAGGAUUUGUUCGGUACCCCAUAAGGCCGUCGAGUGGUUUGAAAAGAUGCCAUCGUUUGGUUGUGAGCCUGAUGAAGUUACCUACUCAGUUAUGAUUGAUGCUUAUGGCAGGGCUGGUAACAUUGACAUGGCUUUGCGCUUGUAUGAUCGUGCAAGGACCGAGAGUUGGCGCCUUGAUACCGUUACCUUCUCUACCUUGAUUAGGAUGUAUGGUUUGGCAGGGAAUUACGAUGGAUGCCUAAAUGUCUACCAAGAGAUGAAGGUACUUGGUGUUAAACCAAACAUGGUUAUUUAUAAUACACUUUUAGAUGCCAUGGGGAGGGCUAAGAGGCCUUGGCAGGCCAAGAGUAUAUUUACUGAGAUGAUGAAUAAUGGAUUGUCACCGAAUUGGGUGACUUAUGCGUCUCUCUUGCGAGCCUAUGGUAGAGGGCGCUAUAGCGAAGACGCUCUCUUUGUUUACAAGGAAAUGAGGGAAAAGGGAAUGGAGAUGAAUACUCAUCUUUACAAUACCCUUUUAGCAAUGUGUGCCGAUCUUGGUCUUGCUGAUGAAGCAUUUAAGAUUUUCGAAGACAUGAAAAGUUCUGCUACUUGCCUUUGUGACAGUUGGACGUUCUCGUCCUUGAUUACCAUCUAUUCUUGCAGUGGGAACGUUUCAGAUGCUGAAAGAAUGUUGAAUGAAAUGAUUGAAUCUGGCUUUGAGCCUACUAUUUUUGUUCUGACGUCGCUUGUGCAGUGCUAUGGGAAGGCCGGGCGUACUGAUGAUGUUGUGAAGACGUUUUAUCAACUUUUGGAUUUGGGUCUCAGUCCAGACGACCGUUUCUGUGGUUGUCUUCUGAAUGUUAUGACCCAAACACCAAAAGAAGAACUUUUCAAGCUAAAAGAUUGUGUGGAUAAGGCUAAUCCAAGGCUUGGGUCUGUGGUAAGAUAUUUGGUCGAAGGGCAGGAGGAGGGCGAUGGAGAGUUUAGAAAAGAAGCUUCUGAACUCUUUGAUUCAAUUGCUGAUGAAGUAAAGAAGCCCUUUUGCAAUUCUCUGAUCGAUCUUAGUGUCAACCUGAAUUUGAUGGACAUGGCAUGCCAGCUUCUGGACCUAGGGUUGACUCGUGAAAUAUAUACGGAUAUACAGACCAAGUCUCAAACUCAAUGGUCUCUGCAUCUGAAGAGUCUCUCGCUUGGAGCUUCGCUUACUGCGUUACAUGCUUGGAUAAAUGAUUUGUCCAAGGUUUUGGAAUCAGGAGAGGAUCUUCCACCAGUGCUUGGAAUUAACACUGGUCAUGGGAAACACAGGUAUUCGGAAAAAGGUUUGGCAAGUGUAGUUGAAUCACAUUUAAACGAACUCAACGCUCCAUUCCACGAGGCUCCAGAUAAGGCUGGCUGGUUUUUGACUACACAGGUAGCAGCCAAGUCAUGGCUGGAGUCUAGGGAACUGGUUACUGCAUAAUUAAUGUUAUUGGCCUAUGGGGUUUAGUUUCAACCAAAGAAGGAAACCAGAGGUCUUCUUCUUGAAGGAGGAAAAAGAAAGUUCAAUGCCUCGAAGGCUAGUUACAAUGAUGAACUCUGUUUAUUUCAAACUAUACAUGCUGGUUUGCAGGAGGCUGCAGAUUGGGGAGGUUUACCGUCUUUGUGCCUUACUUGACACAGUCUGUUGAGCCUUUGGUAUCUCGUAGAAAAAAUGACAAUACAAAUGUGAAAACGAGGAAAGUGAAGAUUAUGUUGAGUAAGAAACACUCGCAAUUUCUGUUAACCUGAGAAGUAUAGUUUCUCAAAUUCUGGAUUGCAA